GUCCUCCUGCCUCAGCUUUGCCAGGCGCUGGGGUCCCAGGCGUGCGCCCGCCACACCCAACCUGGGAACGUGGUUGUAGGUCGGGAAACCGAGCUGGUGGUGCGGACUUGAUGUGGUUCCCGGUGAGGGCCCUCUGCACACGGCCUCCUUUAUGCUCCCUACCUGCAGGGGACGACGAUUUAAAUGAUAAAAACACUCAGUCACUAGUCACUCAGCCACGGGGACUGUGCGUCCCUGGCCGGCCUGGGCAACGUAGCGGGGCUCUGUCAGGAGAAAAAUGCCUCCCCAGCAAAGGUCUCAGAGAGAAAUUUCCUGUUGGCCUUCUCGCUGUGCCCACACCUUUUAAGGCAGGUUCUGUGUAGCCCAGGCUGACCUGGAACUCAGCAUGGGCCACCACGUCCACCUGGCUUUUACUGGGUUAGAAGAGGAGCCUAAGCCUGGCAUGGUCUGCACACCUGUCAUCCCAGCACUGCUGAGGCAGGAGGAGGGAAAGUUGCUGAGGCACAGGGCUGACUGGUGUCUGAAGACUCAAACGGAAGAAGGUGUGGCUGCCUCGGGAAAAGAUUCGGAGACUCUCAUGACACGAUGGAGUGGAGUUGGCCUGCUGAGGGAUGCCCAAGAAGUUCCAGGGCGAGAACAGCAAGUCGGCAGCUGCCCGAGCACGGAGGGCUGAAGCCAAGGCGGCAGCUGAUGCCAAGAAACAGAAGGAGCUGGAAGAUGCUUACUGGAAGGAUGAGGACAAACACGUGAUGCGGAAGGAGCAGCGCAAGGAGGAGAAGGAGAAGCGACGCCUGGAGCAGUUGGAGCGAAAGAAGGAGACACAGCGCCUGCUGGAGGAGGAGGACUCACGGCUCAAGGGCGGCAAGGCCCCUCGUGUGGCACCUGCCAAGGUCACCCGCGCGCAGAUUGAGGACUCCCUGCGCAGAGAGCAGCGUGUGGAAUCAGUGGAGAAGGCCAAGAGCCACCUGGAGCUACCGCUGGAGGAGAACCUGAACCGGCGCCUGCAGGAAGAGGGCAGCCUGGAAGCUCGCACAGUAGAGGAUGCCAUAGCAGUGCUCAGUGUGGCAGAGGAUGCAGACCGGCACCCUGAGCGCCGCAUGCGUGCAGCCUUCACCGCAUUCGAGGAGGUACAACUGCCGCGGCUGAAGCAGGAGAACCCCAACAUGCGGCUGUCGCAGCUGAAGCAGCUGCUGAAGAAGGAGUGGUUGCGCUCCCCCGACAACCCUAUGAACCAGCGUGUGUUGCCCUUCAAUACACCCAAGUGAUGGAACAAAGCCCGAGUACAGCUUGUCCAUCUCCAGCUCGUCCAAGUCCAGGCAUCCUUCUGCAGUCAGGCCUGCCUGGGGAUCCAAAGAGUUGUGAGCCUGGGGCUCUCCUGGCUGCACCAUCAGUCACCCUCGAAAAUCCAGAGGGUCUUUGCUCUGAGCGACACCCAGCCCCUGUGUGCCCUAUGGAGCCCGGCUAAACACCCGCCCAAUAAAGGCUCUGGAGAGGCU